CCCAAACCCCGAAAAAGACAUGAUCCACACAACACCGACGUUUACUUAGAUAUUUAUGACGUGCUAUACCUGGGUGGAUUUCGGGGCUGCUCGGCAUCUUUAUUGAACCACCAUGAGGUAAUGGCACGGCACUUGCAGUCCCAUUUGUUACUCAUCCUCACCCAAGAGUAUAACAAGCCCACAGCCAUGGCCGAGACAGAGACGGUAUGGCAAGCCCAAUACCAUCCAAAUGUCCAAACCAACUCUCGCUAUCAUUGGCUCCGGCUGGGCAGGCUUCACCCUCUCCCAAAAGGUCGCCCUGGAGAAAUUCAACAUAAUUGUCAUCUCACCCAUCCGCACAAUCCAAUACACCCCACUUUUGGCGAGCGCAGCAUGCGGCCUCUUCAACUUCCGCCUAGCCGAAGAGCCCGUCCGGCGCAGGUCGCGCACUGGGCUCAAGUACUACAAGGCCACGGCGGAGAACAUUGAUUUCGACACAUGCACCAUCUAUUGCAAGACCUCGACCAAGAUGGCCGGCGAUCCCGGUGCCCACGGCUUUCAAAGGGCCGGAGAGGAAGGGCAAACCCAAACCACCUUCGAAGUAAAAUACGACACACUGUGCAUCGCCCCAGGCUGCGACAUCCAGGACUUCGCCACCCCCGGCGUACGAGAACACGCCCUCUUCCUACGCACAACCAACGACGCGCGGCUAAUCCAACAGCGCAUCCUCGAGAUCCUCGACAAAUCCUCGCUGCCCACCAUGAGCGACCAAGACCAGCGCGAUCUCCUCAAUAUGCGCAUCGUCGGUGGAGGCGCAAUUGGCAUCGAAGCCGCGGCCGAACUGUACGAUUUGUGGAACGAGGAAAUGCGAUUCCUGUACCCGCAUCUGGACGGGAAACUGACGAUUACUAUCCAUGACGUCGCGCCGGAGAUUCUGUCGACCUUUGAUGAGAGUUUAUCCGAGUAUGCUACCAAUUCGCUUCAGGGGAAGCAAGUCGAGUUGAAGACGGCGUCGCACAUUGAGAGGGUGGGAAAAGACGCGAUUUUUACGAAAGAAGACGGGAGGUUGCCGUUUGGGUUGUUGAUUUGGGCCACGGGGAAUAAGGCUAGUUCGUUGGUUGAGAAAUUGCCUGUGCAGAAGCCGGAGAAGGGGUUGCCGAGGGUGCUGACGGAUAGGUAUCUGAGGGUGUUGGGAACAGAAGGAGAGGUUGUGCAGGGCGUUUAUGCGCUGGGGGAUGCGGCGGAUAUCGAGGGGGAGAGCUUGCCUACUUUGGCGGAGGUGGCGUUGCAGAAGGGAGAGUACCUAGCAAAGGUGUUGAAUCAGGAGGGUGAGGCAGGAGAGACGAAGCCGUUUGCCUAUGAGCAGCAGUCGUUGAUGGCUUAUUUAGGACGGCAUGAUGGGAUUGUGGGGGGAAAGACGGAUUGGACGGGAGCGAGUGCUUGGAUUGCUUGGAGGUCGGGGAGUUUGGCUUGGACGAGGAGUUGGAGGAGGAAAUUUAUGAUUUCUAUUAGUUGGCUUUUCGUAUGGUGGGAUGGGAGGGAUAUUGUGCGGAAAUAAGUGGGUAUAUUAGUUAUUCGAUUGCACUGUGGCUAUAUGAUUGUUAUUUACUUUUCGUGG